GCCGGCUGCUCUUCACAUUUCGCCGCUUCCUCUUUCUUUGUCCUGCAUCUCGAGCCCUGUGUGCUAUCCAUUUCCCUCGUUCAUCAUCCCCCAGACACGUUCCAAGAUGGCCAGCCAAAGACUAGGCUCGAUUCUUUCGCAUCUCACCCCAACGAAGACCGGCGUCGCUGGAAUCACCCAGAAGAACCCGGACGAUGUUGUUAUCACUCUCGCUAUCCGAACACCUCUUGCAAAAGGGAAGAAGGGUGGUUUCAAGGACACAGAUCUUGACUACAUCGUUUAUGCCCUGUUGAAGCAGCUUGUGGACAAGAGCAAGAUCGACCCCUCACUGGUUGAGGAUAUCUGUUUGGGAAAUGUCGGCGACGCUCGAGCUGCAUACAAAGUCCGCGCGGCCUCGCUUGCCGCUGGAUUCCCCCAUACCGCAGGCGCCAGCAGCGUCAACCGAUUCUGCUCCUCCGGCCUGAAGGCUGUGCAGGAUAUUGCCAACCAGAUCUCUAAUGGCAGCAUUGAAAUUGGUAUUGCCAUGGGUGGCGAGAGUAUGACGAACAACGGAGGCGGGGAUCUGCCUUUCAGCCCCGAGGUCAUGGCCAACCAGGAAGCCGCGGACUGCACACAACCUAUGAUCCAGACGAGCGAGAACGUGGGUAAUGACUUCAACAUCUCGAGGCGGACCCAGGACGAGUAUGCCUGCGAAAGUUUCCGACGAGCCGAGGUCGCGCAGAAGGCCGGCUGGUUUGACGAUGAGAUCGUGCCCAUCGUGACGAAGAUCAAGGAUCCCAAGACUGGAGAGGUCAGUGAGGUCACUCUGACCAAGGAUGAGGGCCCUAGAUAUGGGACGACCGUGGAGAGUUUGCUCAAAAUCAGGCCGGCUAUGCCACAGUUUGGAGACAAGACUAGCGGUGGCAAUGCUAGUCAGGUUACGGAUGGUGCUGCCGCCAUCCUGCUGAUGAAGCGUGCCAAGGCUAUUGAGCUCGGCCAGCCGAUCAUGGCCAAGUUCUGCGGUGCAACUAUCGCUGGUGUGCCACCCAGGAUCAUGGGCAUUGGGCCCAGCGCGGCGAUUCCCAAGCUGCUCAGCAAGUUCCAACUCACCAAGGACGACAUUGAUAUUUUUGAGGUCAACGAGGCUUUCGCGUCCAUGGCCGUGUAUUGCUUGAAUGUGCUGGGUUUGGAUCAUGCGAAGAUGAACCCACGCGGUGGUGCAAUUGCCUUGGGACAUCCUUUAGGUGCGACGGGUGCAAGACAGAUUUGCACGAUCUUGAGUGAGGCUCGGAGGACCAAGAAAAAGAUCCUGGUGACGAGCAUGUGUAUCGGCACGGGCCAGGGCAUGGCUGGGUUGUUUGUUAAUGAGCAGGUGUAGAUGGGGUCUCGAUGGUAUUGGCACGGCAGUGCUGGUGAUUUUGUUCUGGUUCAAAAGCACAUAGCGAAUGAUUUUGUGGCACUUUCUGACACGAGUGUCAUCCUCUUUCGCAUCUCACUUUGCAACUCAAGGAACUUUGGAGGCCUAAGAUCGCUGACUGGGAUAAAAUCGUUGAGUGAUAUUCCA